AUGGUGGCGGCAGACGAGACAGCCAACGGAGUUCCAGGUCAAAUAGACACGCCUGGAACUUUCGGGAAACUCCGACAAACACUCUCGUCAUCACUCCUCACCGCACAAGAUAAAGUAACGAAAUUAGGACCUCGACCCGUUGUGACUGAAGCGAGUGUGGAGCCAGCGCCUACUGCCCCGCCCGCGCAGCCACCCCCCACGACGCAAUCAACGAAGACUGAACGUGAAGCCGGAAAAGCGCCCUCUAGGGCGGGGGCGUGCCGGGUGUGCCUCAAAGCAUUGAAGCCAGGCGAAGUCUUUCACAUCUGCAACGGUUGCCAACACCGAGUCUGCGAGGACUGCUCCUCGUACUCCAAACCCGCCAGUGACGAGGAUGCGAGUUCGUGGAGAUGUUCAGUGUGCCGACGCAAAGCCGGUCCGCGGUUGCCACCAGCAGCACAAGACAGUACAGAUUCCCUAUUGGACGUGCCGGUACUUGAAGCUUUACAAAGAAGACACUCUGAAGCACGGCUCGGUAGCGGCGGCAGCAGCAGUGCCCUCGCUCCACCCAGAUCCCCAGAACUGCGACGGCAUUCUGACGUUUCGCCCGCCUCGCUGAAAGAACUAGAAAAGUUAAAGGGUGGUGGCAGUACUACACCCAUGGUGGAGUCCAGGCGGCCCAGCACAGUGACGCCCACACGACGACGCUCAGUGAGGGCCCCAGCCCCACGACAACACUCGUGUGAUGAGGACCAGCAAGGCCCUCCGCAUCAACCGGCCCUGGCAGCACCACCACCGAUGUCACGAAGAGCAUCAGCGGUCGACGUGGUGGGCGCGGGAUCUCGCCGUGGCUCUUACCGGACAGAUGUUGAUACCGGCGACUCCACACCGCAGAUCACUGGGCUCAGUGUUGAUGAAGAUAGACCUAUAAGGCGACGGGGCAGUCAACUGCCAGACAUAGCAGCAUUACAACAACGAACGGGAGCCUUAAGCGCCAUGGCCGCUCUGGCGUCCCGAACGUCUGAUUCAUCGGAGUCCCUCACAUCAUCAGCUAGUGCUGCUACCGCUGCCGCUGCCGCCGCUGCAGCUGCUGCUCGCCAAAUGUCCGUAGAUGCGGAAGCCAUAAAAAUUGUGAUACACGACGUUGACGAUCGCACACCAAGAGGAGUGACACUGAGACGUGAUCCGAAUGAUAAAGGACACAGAUCACGAGGGUUUGGUAUGCGAGUAGUGGGUGGUAAACCUGAUGUAAGUGGGAGGCGUGAGGCAGUUAUAGUAUGGACUGUUCCCGGGGGACCGGCAGACCUAGCGGGCUUGCAGCAGGGAGAUAAGGUCCUAGAAUGGUGUGGAGUAUCCCUGACAGAGCGCAGCUUUGAGGAAGUAUGUGCGGUGCUGGAGCGAGGUGGAGACACCGUCGAAUUGCUGGUGGAGCCUUGUCAUCAAAUCGAAGAGCCUCCCACACCGGCCGCUUUGCCUCCUCAUCAUCACGCGCUAUAUGAACCCGAAACGGACAAAUCGCCAUCGUCGCCGACCCGUCGGAAAUUGCCGAAAACCCCGGAACAGGAGAGAGCUGAGCGCGCAAGAGAACGUCCGCCGGCGCGUGCGCAGUUGCAAGUCUGGUUCGAGUGCGAUCUUCGCAAGCUUAUCAUUUUGCUGAUCGCCGCAGAUGACCUACCACCUCGAGACCACACGUUGGGCUACGGAGAUGAGCCAGAAGCAUUUGCAAGGAUACGCCUGUUACCAUCGCUGGAGACCUGUCCACCCGUGGAAACUGACCCAGCUUCGGCCUCGUGCAGUCCUGUAUGGAAUGCAACUCUAGGUUUUGGUGGACUUACUGCAGACCUUCUGGCGGGUAGAGCUCUUGAGCUGACACUGUGGGAUGCCUGUCCGGGAAUCGAUCCGGUUCUUAUAGCUGAAUGUACCAUGGACCUAGAAAAGGCGUUUGCGGAGGAGCGUGCUGUUUGGUGGACACUGGAAGAGCGAGGAUCCCGUUCUGCUAACGCUUCGCCUCGGUCCUCGUUGUCAGGUGCACGUGCUUUGCGACGUGGGGACUUUGCCUCACAACGAUCUGUCUCAGAUGACGUGGAUUCCAUCGGUGAAUGUGCCUCACUUCUACACCCAGACCACGCUUGGGUAGCUGGUUCGCGCCGUGGAUCCUCUCAGUCGGAGACAUUAGAAGUAGAAGUCUAUCAACUUGGAAAAGAUUUCUCACGUUCCCUACCUGGUUCGCGAAGGUCCUCCUUUCAACAGCAAGAUAAAGAUGGAGUUAGCGAGGGCAGCACAGUGUGUGUCUCGCGCCGCGAGCGUCGUCGCUCCUCUUGCGUCCGCCGCGACCCCGACGACAUCCUUCGAUCUCUUCGCGCCGUCAAGGGUGAGCUCGGUCGCACGCUCUCGCUGUCUGGCUCCACUGCACGACGUACGGCGACGGGCCGCAAAGGCAGCAUGUGGGCGGCGGUGCCGGCGGCGGCUGCCGCGGCGGCGUGUGACCUUCCCGACGAAGACGAAGUGCCCCUGGGUCCAGGCCAGAUGCCGCCGCGUAACGCUCAUCUCCCGCCACUGCAUGCCGAAAUAAAUAUCAGCAUUAUCAUGAUCAAGGGACAACUUGAGCUUGAGGUAUCGCACGCACGACGUGUGUACGGUGUAAAUGGCGAGGUACCAGAUUCCUACGUCAAAUGUUAUCUCCGAGACGGUGACAAGUGGCUGCAUAAACGUAAGACACGAGUCAUUCGUCGAACAACUGAGCCGCACUUCAAACAAACACUUAAAUACCAGGCAAGUGAAUCACUAGGGCGCAUCCUGGUCGUAAUGUUGUGGCAACGUUGCGGAGGUUUCGAACACAAUCUGGCGCUGGGCGGGGCAGAAAUCUGCUUGGAUAAACUAACUCUGCCGCAGCGCACUUACGGCUGGUACCCGCUGUUCCCAGCUACCUCGUUGGCCGCUGACGAAUCACCAGACUGA